CAGCACUCCCGUCCCCAGAGAGGUGACCCAGCCAUGUCCUCUGCUGAGCCCCGGUCAGAUGGCAGCCGCCUGCCGUCUGCCAGCGCUGCUCUCCCUUUGUAUUGCAGAUCGAUGGCCAUUGAUUUUUCCUCCCGUGUAAACCUGGACGGGCCGGGGCCGCGCAGGGUUUUCGUGCUCGUCUGGCUCCGUCUCUCCCGCGGCCGCGCUCGGAGCAGCCCAUGCUGGGCUCCACAGCCCACCCACCUCCCUCUUGCCUCUGCAGCGACAAAACUCAAGGACAUCUGAAAAAAACAGCCUUGUAAAGAGUCAAGGAAACUCGGGUUUCAUUAAUCAGGUUUUAAUGACGGGCUCUGCUGUUUGCAGUCGCUUCCCGGGGCAGCACCCCCAGCUGGACUGGGCUGUGGCAGCUGUUUGGGGCACCCAUGGGAGCAGGGUGGCCCAGUGAUUCCCUCAGUGUGGGGCAUCCCUGGGGAUAGUCCUUAGAGGGGGCUCAGUGUAGGGACAUUUUCCCUCCUGGUGGUGCCCCUUUGCAGCCACUCCUCUCCCAUGGGGCAGAGGCAGAGUAGGGGACAAGGGGUUGCUGUACCCUCCCUGUCCUUUCUAUCCCCUUGCCAGAGUUUUACAGCCUGACAGGAGUGUUCCCUCCCGCGGGGGAGCUCUGGCUUCAUGGGACCCCUCGGAUCCAUCCCACCGCACCCUCAGCCCACCAUGGGGAAGCAUCUCCCCCAUGUGACGGGGACAGGGCGGGGGACAUCCCCGCUUGUCCCCAGCAGCUGCAGAGCUGCUCUCCGGACUAUUAACACCCUGCAAUGAUCAUCAGCUCUCGUCGUAAUCAUUAAGACUAUUAGAAAGAAAUGUUGGCUCGCAGCUCGUGUCAGACUUUCCGUUCUGCUUUGCAAACGUGCACAAUUAAUGCCAAUCAGGCGGGGGAGGCAGCCAGCUCGGAUCCCGGCUGCUCCCAAUCCCGGCUGUCAGCUCUCCCCAUCCCGCCUGGUACAUUUUCAUACAAUUGCUACAAACAUCUGAGGGAAACUCCGCGUUCUUCGGCAGCGCUGAGUAUUGUUCUCUGUUCCUUUUAAUUACUCGGCAUUCAGCAGCUCAUCCGGCCCCGGAUCGGUGGGGAAAGCAGGGAUUUGUAAAACAAAUAUAGAAAUUUGGAGACAUGCCUUAUUUUCCCAUUUGGUGGCUACAUGAGGUUGUCUAUGGCUAAAUAAGAAAAACCUGUUUAAUUUUUCUUUGUCUUUUCCUUCCCCCUCCCCUCCAAUGUUGCUUUUUCCCUUUAAGGCACAGUCUGGUCCCUGUCCCUCAGGGAACCCCAAAAGCAGGGUGAGCUUGGGACAAGGGGGGAAAAGAGCCGGAAUUACUUGGCCGGAUGGUGGUAUAAUCCUCGUUACAAAAGUACACAUCAAUUAUAAGAAUUCCUACAGUAAUCUUGGAAAUCUAUCUUUUCUGCUGAACCAGCUCAUUAAAGAGCACCAUUCAUUUCCAUCUCUCCGGGUGAGAAGGGUUUAAAUCUCCAGAGCUUUGUAUUACCAAAUAGACUGAGGGUGAUGGACUCGUGUUAAAUAUUAAAAGGAAGGAGUUGAUUUUUAUUUUUUUUUCCCCUUUUUUCCCCUCCUUCCCCCAGACUGGCAGCCAGAUGAAGUGUACUGUAAGGAGAGGAGGGUGGGGGGUCCCUGCCACGAGUACUUUCCCCAGCUGUCGGUAGGUGACACGGGGCUGUGCUCAAUGAGUGCAUCUGAGGACCCCCCUCACUUCCCCUCGCCCAGGGACCCCCACCAGCGCCAAGGGAGAAGGGAGGGAGGUUUCCCCAGGCCACCCUGGCAAGCCCCUGAGCCUGCGCCUGACCCGGCCGUGGCACAGGCAGGGCUUUUGUGUGCGGGCAGGGCAGCGGCGGCCGUGGGGCGAGGGACGGGCACAGAGCCCCUUUGUGUGCAGCUGCGAGCAGGGCAGCAGUGACAGAGCAGGAUAUGGAGAUACCAACCUGCCAUGGGGAUGGGGAGUUGGUACCCAGGCAUGAGGGGAGGGUAGCCAGGGAUGGGGGAGCUGGACCCGGGGAUGGGGAGCAGCGCCCGGCCGGAGUCGAGGGCGGCGCAGGGCGAUGUGUGCACUGCGCCGAGGCUCUGUGCAAACAUGCUAAUUUGUUUUCUUUCUUGCCUCGCCUUUCAGGGUAAUUGGUUGCAUUUGAAGCCUUUGUGAAAGCCUUUGAUUAUAGUAAUUUCAGCAGCACGAUCUACCCUGGAUUCCUUCGUCAGAUUCUUUCACAGCUCAGGCACUCGGGGCUGUAAUUAUGGAGCGGCGCACGCCCGACUGCCACAGCCGGGGCACCACGGUGCUGCCACCGUGGCUGUGGGGGCACAGGGACCUGUCACUGCGGGGGGCAAUUGAGCGCCCAGGAUGGGGCAGGAGGGAGCCAGGAUGGGGCAGGAGCUAUGAUGGGGAGCUUUGGUCUCUGCCGUGUUGAGUUUGUUUUGUCUCAGCUGGAGAUGUGGGUGCUGCAGGUGUCCAAGGUGUGGAUGCCCAUGCUGAGGUGGGGUCCAGGGUGCUUUUAAUUGCUACCCAGGAGGUCUUCCUGGAGCAACUUGGCUUUUCUCAUGGUUUGAUCCCAUGUCCCUGCUGUGGCUGGGACCAAAAGUCCCUGACCAUCUGUGAUGUGAUGGUGGGCAACUCAGUGGGCUCAUCUCUCCAGCCCCUCUUCCCCAUCCACGUGCAGGAUGAAGGCAUGGCACGAUUGUGUCGGAGGAGUGAGGUUUUAUUUGAGGAACUGGUACCACACCAGAGGGGGCACGUCCGUACCGGCGGGUCCUGCUCCCGCGCUGCACGCUGGCCCUGCCAGGACCCCGGUGCACACAGCCAGGGCUGAGCUCUGCCAAAAACACCGCUGGCGCCAAGUGGGGCCCUGACCUUUGCUAACGGGGCCACUCCCCCCCUCGCUGCUGGCAUUUCAUUCCCAGUCCCACAUAAUGACCUUCUCGGCAGUGCCGUGCCAGCGUCUGCCACUUCCAAUUACCCACGGCUGCUCAGCGCCCGGCGCAGCACGCGGGGCUCCUUCCUCCCCGCCAGGAUGGCAGCAGUUACGGGGCAUGUUGCACUGUGAUCCUCCACCCUUGUGGCUCGGGCACCCUCAGGGACCCCCCGGCACUGCCCAGGGUUCCAAGUCCCUGGCCCAGGGCGCUGGAGUUGCGUGGCUUUCCAGAAUCAUUAUUAACCUGUUCGAGAGCUGUUCCUGCUCACAGCGAAAAUAGAUCUUUAAUCUCUGCCCAAAAUAGCUCAUUUGAUGAGAGGCCUCCUUAAAGCUGACACAUAAAUUUAACCAGGCCGCCCGAGCCCUGUGCGGGGACGUCUGCAAAUGCUCAACAGCACUUGAAUUGUUGGGGUUUUUUUUAAUUCCAUCAUUACGGACACAUCUGAUACCAUAUUUCUUCCAUCCAGCAGGGUCAUUUGCACUGCUCAGGAGGUGAUUUGCUGUGCCCUGUCCCAGUCCCCCUGGCCCUGCUCAUAAGCCAAAGGUUAUUUUGGGGUAUUUUUUGAUGUUGAUUUUAUUGAACAGUCUAAGGGGUUUCUUCUUGGAGCAGCCACAGGAGUAGAAACCUCAGUUCUGAGUGGGAUGGGAGAGACUUAGAUGCUGCCCUAAGAUGCCAGCAGCGAGGGGAUGCUCUGUCCAACUCUGGUGCCACUCUGUCCCUGGCUGUGUGCCUUGGCUGGUGGGCUCCGUGCCAUCCUGGUGUCACAGCAGCCCAAAAAAAGCAUCAUUCCCCUGGCAGCAAAAUGUUAGCUCUGUAAGUAAAGGCGGGCUCUGGGGAAGUGGGAAAUGGGGAUGCUCAGUGUGUCACAGCUCUGCUUAGUGCCGGGUCCCAGGCUCACCCGGCAUCUUCCCAGCAUCUCCACAGGGUACGGGCUGGGAGAAGCCACUUGGCUGGUCUGGGUCACUCCCCCAGCCCCCCACUUCCCCACCACCCCAGUGAGAUCCUGAGCAGCAAAAUAAUCACUUCCAGCAUCAUUAUCCGUUGCAAACCCCAGCUUCCAAUUUUAAUCAGAGGAGCUGGUGUUGCUUUAAGAUCUGCGGGUUUUAAAGAUCACAAGAGGGGUUAGAGAAAAUUACCCUUGACUCUUACAUGCUAAUGUAAUCUCUAACCAGAUCUGCAGCACUGCAGCUAAAAUUGCUUUUUAGAUUAACAUUUAAUUAUUAACAGGGCCCCCUGAAAGGCCUGGGGCUGGAGCACGCGGAGGGGAGCGGAUUAUCCGGGUGGGAUGGAGCGGCGGGCGGGCGAGGGAAGGUCAUGGGGCGGCCGGCAGCACUGCCUGUGCCUCGUGGCACCCUCAGUGGCAAACUUUGGGCUUAAUUUUAUCUGGUGCUCGCCAUGGUUUAUGGUGGAGUGACCUUUCUGUGCUCACCCACUGUAGGGCUGAGCUUUGGCAUCACUCGCCGAGCGCUGCAUCCCCUCCACCCUAAAUCUGGAUGGGAUAUUGGCAUGAGCUGGCACGGCAGCUGCUGGUACCACCAUGGUGCCAGUAGGCAGCACCAGCCAGAAUCCUGCUCACCCUGCAAUGCGAUGGGAUGGGCACCCACUGCGUGCAGAGGGGAAGCCUUCCUCCUCUGGCACCUCCUCACCCUUGCAGGGUGCCAUUGGCUGGGAAACCAGUGUCUGUGGGGACCAGGGAUGGUGGCAGUGGCUGUGCCAGGGCUGCUGUGGGGGUAACACCAAUGUCCCAGUGCUGCUGCAGAGGUGGCACCAAUGUCCCUAGGGUUGCAGGGAAGGGGAGCACCCUGGAGGGGCAGUGGGAUUCUCCUCCGUCCGUGGAGGGACAAGGGGCAGGGGUGUCCCUGGUCAUGGUGAGUAGCCCUGGCACUGCAGUGGGUGUGUCUGUUUUACUUGGCACACCAGGGACCAGUGAGGGCUUUUCUUCAUUUCCCUGGUUGCUACCAGCCUUGGCCUGGCUCCCAUGCUGUCCGUCUGUCUGUUGGGUGCUGUCAGGAGCCUCCUGUGCCUCUCCCAGCCAGGGUGACCCCAUCACCUCCUUUUCUUGUGCCCAACCCAGCACUGACUUUUAAUAGCCAGGGGGGACAUGGCAGUGGCAUGACUCAAAACAGCUUUGCAGCAGCCCUGUUCAUCCCCUCCUUCCUCUCCUAACCCCAAAAACUCCCUUUUAAUGGGAUUACACUUCAGUGGUGCCCAGGGAAGGAUGCGGACAUGUUGCAGCAGAGCCUGGAUGGUGACCAAGACCUUGUCCCUCACCAUCCCUGCCCUGUCUGCUGCCCUCCAUUGCCCAGCAACUGCACAGGCCCACUUCAGGCUGAGACUUCAAAAGUUCCUUUUUCUUUUCUCCCCCUCCCGUCACAUUUUCUUUUAUCUAAAUCCUCGCCUGCGAAAGCCUCUAUCGACAGCUGCGCUGGCCUUAUCUCGCCGGAGGGACCUUCGCAGGGCUCUCGGAGGAGAUAAGCCCGACUUAUCAGCCACUGAUGUCAGAGGAGGUGCCAAACCCUCCCGUCACUGGGGCUUUAGACAUAGAGGGUGGUGUUUUUUAUUAAAGUCACGAAGACCUUGGGCUUAUAAAUAGUGUGAUGUCGAGAUGGAUUAGCCGGGUGUGGGGUGGGAAGGAGUGGUGGGAGAGGGGAAGGAUGGACUUGUGGCUGCCCCAUCCCUGGAAUUGUUCAAGGCCAGGUUGGACAGGGCUUGGAGCAACCUGGUCGAGUGGAAGGUGUCCCUGCCCAUGGUGGAAUGGGAUGAACUUUAAGGUCCCUCCCAACACAAGCCAUUCUGAGAUUCUAGAUGGUGACGGGGUUGUGGGAUGUGGGGUUAGGGCUCCUGGGGGACCCUGCUCCAGGUGUCCACAAGAGACUUUGCUUCUGGUGGGAGUGUCUUGCCAUGUACAGUGGUGCUGGCUGGAUGAUGGUGGAUCCACAGCCUGGGCAGAGGCCAUGGGGAUUCGGGGCGUUCCGGCAAAACUGCUGAGUGUUGCCUUUCCUGCCACGAAAAAGCCAGAGCAGCUUGAACUAAAUCGGAUCCUGCUGAUUGGAAUUAGUUCAAAUGCAGAUGGAGCUAACUAAGCCGGCGCUAAGCGUUGGACAGCCCAGCGCCCAAUUCCCAUCAGCUGAUUCAGGGGCUUUUCUGAGCGGCAUUAACGAAAUGCCACCAUGGCACAGAUGCCCAUUGUGCCGGGCACCCACCCUCCCGCCCACGGGCGCUCUGGGAGCUUGGGGCACCCAGCAGGGUGCCAGGGUGGACAGAUGGAUGGUGUUGUGGCACCGGAGCCCUCGUGGUUCUGAGCGUGCCCGUGAAGUGCAACAUAGCUGUCGGAAAAAUCACCUCCCCUGCGAGACACCGGGAGACGGGGGCAGAGGCGGGGUCUGAAUUAAUCGGUGGCUUUAUUCAGUUUGGCAGGUGGCUCCUGCAUCUCAGCAAUGCUCCAUGGGCAGGGCUGGGAUGGCUCCAGGAGGGUGCUGGACUGUGUAUGGCAGUGGUGGUGACAACUUGUGCCAGCAUGGGAGUGUCCCCAGGGACCUGCAUUGCUGGGCCCCAGAGUCAAGGGUGCCUUCAGCUACUGUGACAGGUCACCAGCAUCUCCCCGGACCGGGGCUGCAUCCGUGCCCUCCCUGUGCCAGCACAUGGUUUUGGUGACCCCCUGGGUGCUUUCCCCUUGCCUUCCCUGUGCUGGCACAUGGAUUCAGUGAUCCCCUGAGUGCGUUCUCCUUCCUCUCAGCUGUUUGCCCCAGGGACCAUCAGGGACCUGAUCCUCAUCCAGCAAUGGCACAAGCCGCCCACGACGCCUGUGUCUGCCAGGGACACGGGUCAAUGUCCCCGUGAGGAGCUGCCUCUCCGCAGGGAGGAGGUGACGUCCAUUGCUAAUCGGCCAGAUGGUGACACCCGGCGGGACGCCAGCCCUGAGGUCACCGCAGAGCUGGGGCUCAGGUACGGCAGGAGCCGGUGCCAUCAUCCAUCCCCCGCAUGGCCCUGAGUGCCCUGACCUGGGUCCACCCCGCAGGGACAGGGAUGGGGACAGGACAGGGUCAGGCAGCUCCCAGCAAGGAAAAUCCAGGCGGUGGGCGCGUGCUGGGGGAGCUGAGGCACCAGGAGCGGGGCUGCGUAAUGAACCCCGAGUCCCGGUGGGGAGAGGCGAGCUCCUGGCAGUCAAGUGUGCUCAGGCUCUGAAUAAGAAGCACUUCAUUCUCUUUUCAAACUGUAUAAUUUCUGCCUGAUUGUAAUGGCAUAUUUUAAAAUUACCAGAAAUCGAAGCCAGAAAAUGGAUACGGCUGCUUUUACUGCGAGCUGCGUUAACAAAGGAUAUGUAAUGCAUGAAAUAAAAACACCUCCCUGCCCCCCUCCUUUUUUUUUUUAAGACAGUAAUAGGAGAAAAUUGGUUUUGAAACUGAAUAAAAGUCCCUUUCAGAGGAAAUCAUUUCUUUCAGGGUACCUUUGCUGAAAGUAAAAUAGUGAAUAAUGAAAGGUGGUUACAUGAUUGUCUUUCAUUUAGAGAGCACGAGGACAGAUGGAAUCUGGGAGAAAUGCACGAUUGGAAUAAUUGCAUGGUAACAAGGCGCUUGUUGUGAAAUUAGUAUCUUAAGAAAGUAGUGAAAAAGGCUUUUACUCAUGAAUACUUCAUUAUUAGAAGAAAACAGCACAAUUUGGGUUCUCCAGACACCUGCUCGGUAUUAGAUUACUUCCUCCUCCCCUCCUCCUCCUCACACCUUUUGCCGAUGAGUCUCCAUGCCACCAGUUUGCUGGGGGGGAUGGGGUGAGACCGCAGCCCCAUGAGCAGAGCCCAGCCAAGGGACAGAUGCCCUGCGUGGAUCCUGUUCCAAGGACAAUCCCAGAGCCUGGGAGCCCCUGCCUGUGGGAGCAAGGGCAGGUACCGUCUGCGCCCGUUAUGGCUGUGAAGGGCUUCCAAAGGGUGACAUUUAAACCAGUGGAGCACAGAGAGCCCCGGGCAUGGCUCUGGGAUUAUCCUUUCCUGCUUUGCUUCUUGGUGGUGAUGGUCAUGGGCUCUGCCAGCACCUGCCCGAGGCCACCACAUGCCUGAGGCCACCACAUUGCUCCCCUGCACGGCAGUGCCAGCACCUCUCGCCAACACUGGGACAUGUGGGAAACAUCCUGGGUGGCUGCAGGAGGUCACAAUUCCCCCACAACAGAGAAGAUGAAGUGAUGUACUCAGCAGCGACACCCAUCCGUGACAUCCAGUUGUGACCCCCGGCCAUCCAUAAGCGUUCAGCUGGAGAACGAUGGCUCAAGAGCUGUGACACCGUGGAUGGGCACCACUGCCUGUUUUCCUGCUGCUCCCACCCACAUCUCCCUGCCCUGUCCAAGUGGGAAUAUCUCUCCCCGCGCCAGCCGGAGUAGUGGGAGGGUGUCAGCAGCAACUGGUUAUAACUCACAGCCUCGCGGCGGCUGGUGAAGGACGUACAGUGAGCAGCGCGGUGGCGGCGGUGACUUUGGCCUGACCCCUCCAGCUUUUGUCGAGCAGAUUUUGAUGCCAGCUGGGAGCUGGCGACAGAUCCCAGGACCCCGAGUGGGAUGUUAACACUGUCUUUCCCCAGCCUUGGCCGGGGUCGCUCUGUGCCGGGAGGUGCUGGCUGGCACGCUGACAGAGCAGUCUGGCGCUGCUGGAGCACGGUGCUGUGGGGAUGCCCCAGCUCUGCCCCCUUCCCAGUGGGAAGAGCGGAAAGCUCUGCAGGCAGCACAGAUCACCCACUGAGACCUUCAUAUUUCUUUUAUAUACAUUCCUAUUUCUUUCAGGCUCUCUGAGUUAGUUAUUGAUCUCCAGAGGAGCAAAGGGCACUUGAGUGCUGUGGAGAUCCUGCCGCUGGCUCUGCUGGGUGGGCACAGAGUGGUGGCAGCGAGGUGAGCAGGUCCCCUCCCUCACCCAUGUCUCUCCUCUCUCACAGGGUGCGGGGCGGCAGCGCCCGCCAGGAAACCCAGACCAUGCUGGCCUGCCUGCAGAGGACCCAGAACCCCCCAGCCCAACACCUCCCCUGCCCCAACAAGGCGCUGGAGCCGCGCAAGUGUGAGACGGUGGCACCGAUGCAUUCCCCGCGCUACCCCAGCCCCGCCGAGCUGGACGCCUACGCACAGAAGGUGGCCAACAGCCCACUGACCAUCAAGAUCUUCCCCACCAACAUCAGGGUCCCCCAGCACAAGCACCUUAACCGGACGGUCAAUGGCUACGACACCACAGGGCAGCGGUACAGCCCCUACCCCCUGCACGCCGGCGGCUACCAGGGCCUGCUGGCCAUCGUCAAAGCCUCCAGCAAAAGCGUGGUGAAGAACUCGGAGGGGAAGCGGACUAAGCUCUCGCCCGCCCAGGUGGGCGUCGCUCCCUACCCCGCCUCAAGCACUUUAGCUCCAGGUCCCUCCUGCGCCGGGCAGCUGAGCUACCACGGCGGCCAGAAGCAGCUGGAGGGUCCUGUGCCCAACGUGACGGUGGCGGCCUCAGUGCUGCCGCUGGCGGGCAGGAGCCUGGCCCUGCCACCCUCCAACCUGCCCUCCAUCCAGAGCAUCAUCUACCAGAUCAAUCAGCAGUGCCAGGCGCAGGGUGCCCAGCCGGGCUGCCCGGCCGUCGUGGCCGCCCACCCCAGCCCAGCCAAGCACGGCGCCUUCGGCACCGCCUACGCCGGCACCGUCCUGCCCGAGUGCCGCAAGGGCGCCGACCUGGCACUGGGCUCCAACCCGGCCGCUGCCCUGGGACCCAAGGCAGGCGUCUACCCCGAGGGCAUGGACUACCUGGUCUGGCAGCAGAAGCAGCAGCAGCAGCACCUGCGAAUGUACAGCGGGGGCAGCGGCGGUGGGGGGGCCCUCAGCAAGUCCCCCGAGAUGUGCGCGGGCGCCUCGCGCCCCUACGGCCUGGGCGGUGCGGCCGAGAAGGUGAGCUCGUCCCCCUUGAACUGCAUGCACGGCAACUUCUCAGUGGGGCAGUACUUCGCUCCCCCUUGGAACAGCAUCCUGGUGACCCCCAACAGCGACUGUUACAACCCGCCGGAGUUGGGGGCCGGGCCCCGCGAGCUGGGGGUGCCCCCGGCCGAGGGGCUGCCCAGCAAGACGCUCUGCAAUACCUCCAUCCUCAGCAGCAGCCUCCAGUCCCUGGAGUAUCUCAUCAACGACAUCCACCCGCCCUGCAUCAAGGAACAGAUGCUGGGCAAGGGCUACGAGACCGUGUCUGUGCCAAGGCUCUUGGACCACCAGCACGCCCACAUCCGCCUGCCCGUCUACAGAUAAGGGACCGAUGCUGCUCUUCCCAAACCCAGGGCGAGGACUUUGGCACGAGCCGCGCUCCCCUCCGGCACUGUGCCGGUACUGGACCGCGGAAGCGAGGGCGGGGGGACAGGGAGGGGGACACGAGGUCGGCUGCCGAAAGGGCUCCUGGGACACUGGCAUUUCACCGGGGUCCCCAAACUGGAUACACCCGCGACCUGCUGGAAGCCGAGGCCGAAGGACUGCUUGUCUAUAUAGCUCAGAAAUCAUUUUAUCUCCACGAAUGUGAACAGGGAAUUGCUACGAGUUGCUGCUAUCCAGGGAGGGGAGGCUCUGCCACGCACUGGCAGCACCGGGUCCGUGCGGGACAGAGCCCUGUGCCGUGGCCAGCCAGGAGGCUCCAUGGUGGGUCCCGGCCCAGCUGUGGCCAGGAGGCUCCAUGGUAGCCAGUCCUAGCCCAGUGGUGGCCAGGAGGCUCUGUGGUAGCCAAUCCUAGCCCAGUGGUGGCCAGGAGGCUCCAUGGUGGCUGGUCCCAGCCCAGCUAUGGCCAGGAAGCUCCACAGUGGCCGGUGCCAGCCCAGUGGUGGCCAGGAGGCUCCAUGGUGGCCAGUCCCAGCCCGGUGGUGGCCGGUUCCAGCCCAGUGGUGGCCAGGAGGCUCCAUGGUGAGCAGUCCCAGCCCAGUGGUGGCCGGUCCCAGCCCGGUGCGUGGCCAGCGUGUGGCCGCAGGGAGCUGCCACCUGACCUGUAGCUGAAGUCCGUAACUUGCACUGCUUUGAUUAAAGCUAAUAACUGGGGACAGUCUGGAGGCUAUUUAAGAAAAACACUUGAAAACUUGAACAGAUUUUUUUGUUUGUUUUUUUUUUUUUUUUUAAUUUUUUUUUUUUUAGUUGACUAGGCUGUACAUCUAUGUGUUGGCUGCUACAGAGUCUCCUCCCACCCCUCCUCCUCCUCAUCCUCCUCCUCUCACCCGGCCCGGCAGUGGCCACUGGCUCCUAUUCCCACUCAACCAGGAGGUUCAGGACCCCCUCUCCCCCGUGGGACCCCCUCAGCUCUCACACUUCCAGGCUGUUUUAUUUCUCCCCCUUACUGUCAGUUCUACCUUGGUUCUGGGUUAGAGGUGACCGUGGUACCAGGGCACUCACAUACCUCCUUUUUUUCUCUUUUUUUUU